GCAACUCUCAGUUAUUUAGCCGAGAGAAAGGGAAGCGUAGUAGGAUACCAAAGAAUAUUCCGCCACCCAAUCCACCCAAUUAUUACAUGGGAGAAAAGCGAGAGGUGGCGGCCGCGGCGGAGGAGCAGGCGGCGGUGGCCACGGUGGCGAAGCCCAGCUGCUACUCCUUGGUCUUCAAGCUCCCUGCCGGUGGCGGCAACCAUAUGGCGUCGAGGGAGGAUCGAGAGCCGGCGGAAGAGGAGCUCUUCGUGCCGCCGCUCAAUUUCGCGAUGGUCGAUUGUGGCCUCUACCGCUCCGGCUUCCCGGAUACUGCUAACUUUAGCUUUUUGAAGACGCUCAGCCUUCGCUCCGUCCUGUGCCUCUGCCCGGAGCCGUACCCGAAGGCGAACUUGGAGUUCCUUGAGGAGAAUGGAAUUAGGCUGUUCCAGUUCGGGAUUGAUGGCCGCAAGGAACCUUUCGUCAACAUCCCCGAAGAUACCAUUACUGAGGCCCUGAAAGUAGUUCUUGAUGUUCGCAAUCACCCUUUGCUUAUUCAUUGCAAACGUGGGAAGCAUCGAACUGGUUGUUUGGUAGGAUGCCUGAGAAAACUUCAGCAUUGGUGUCUCACUUCAAUUUUCGACGAGUACCAACGAUUUGCUGCCGCAAAAACCAGAGUUACCGAUCUAAGGUUCAUAGAGCGUUUUGACACAGCUAGCCUGAGGUACCUGUCAGCUUCGUUCUCAAGUUAGAAAGACUAGGUUUACCCCGAGCAGUAUCGAGGAUCAUAUCGAAGAAUAAGUCAGAAAAAAAAAAUAUGCAUUCCUACAGCAGUAAUGGUUUUAAAGGAUCCCUUGUUAUUUGAGCCAUGCUGCUAGUUAUCUAUGAUUUAGGAUGACUACUUCAGUUCAUUCUUAGUUUACAUUUGCUCGUGAUUUCUUACUUGAGGAACUGGAAGCGUUUCAGCUGUGCUUGUCAUAAAUUGUUGGUAUCGCCUUAUAGUUAUGAAUUUCGUGCAGUUAAAUUUGCCCGAUUGAA